AUGGAACACGCUGAAUUGACCGAGUGUUUUGACCUUGGGGCUGCUGGGAUCAACGCUGUCAAAGCCAGGGAAAUCCUCACACUAAAAUUUCCCGGGAGGUUGUACUGUACUAAACUGCUGUGUCGAGUUUUAGCCAAAGGCCACGAUCGCCACUUUGGCAAUGACGUCGACGGUAUGACCAUGUUCUUAGCGGAAGGUGAGCGCGUUCGAAGUAAUGGCGGUGUGUUCGAGCUGGGUUUUACGACUGACGCUCGUAUUUCUGACGUGUACGUAAUGACGUGCUCAAUGCGCCAGCAUGCUGCUGUGUACGGUGAUGUUGUGAUUAACGACGGCAUGCAUGGAAUGGACUGGUACGGCUCCGUCACUAUGCCAAACACGCUUAUUGUCACUGCAAUGGAUUGUCGCACUGGGUUUGGCGACUUGGAUGCUUCUUUAUUGGCACAUGUGCGUGAAGCAAUUUUUUUGGACUUCAAAACUUCACGUGGACUGGACGAACACUUUUCAAGGAUGUCAAUUCUCUUUGGCCACGUCCCGCGGGCUGAGUUCUUUGUCAAAAAAUUAACAGCAGACAGGCUCUUGGUUUGCAAAACCCACACAACCCGUGUAUUCAGCUGUGGCGCCUCGUCUACCCAACGCGGCGAGGGGGCGAAUAGCCGCCUCAAGGGCAACUGA